UCAGCAGACACCUUUGAUGGCCGGUACGACACACGAGGGAUGGGUGGCCAGCACCAAGCCAGGUCGCCUCUAUCUCACAAGUGGUGAUGUUUACACACUGCACCGGGUACUCAUGUGAGUCUGAGUCGUCCUAGCUGUUCCACAAAUAGCUACGAUUGUUCAAGCGAGACUGGCACUGGUCGCCGAAACCACGUCCAGAGUUGGCUCGUGUUGCGUGAGCUAACACUACCGAAAAUGUACACUACCAGGGAAGGACGUGUAGCUGAUGGGAUGUGUCAAAAUACGUAAUUCAUGUGGAGGGACAGCUGUGUAAAGGAGUACAGUUAUCUGCUUGUUUAAUUGAUAUGAGUUGACACGUUUCAUUAAUUGAGCAAAGGUUAUUCUGAGAACUGGGGAGAAGAGACGAUUGGUGGGAGGAGGGAAUUCCACAGCUUGGCCCGUGUGCGGGGAGAAGCGAGCAAGAAAAGUGAGGUGUCCUGCAGUGUGGUGAGUGGGUAGGCGAGUGAGUGCGUUGUUAGAGUAUGGUAGUUGAACACAGUGCGAAUGAGAGGUGAGCAGGAGGAGGAGCGGCACGAGGAGUAGCAGGUGUAGGGCAAGAGGGAGGGGGGCCGAGGGACAGGAGGCGGAGUGCGAAUGGGAGGAGGGACGAGUGGUUGAGGUUACGAGGAAGCACAGGCAGUCACCGCGUCUCCCUCCUCGGGGCUGAAUGAUGAAGAUGGACUCGAAGAGUCUUCCUCCAUCUCGGAUCUUCAGGUCGUGGCUUCUCAUCUCGCUCCUCGUCCUCAGCGCCCUCGUCUUCUUCGUGAUGAACGUGUCCCUCAUCCUCACUCCCUCACAUAAACCACCCCGCCAUGCGAUACCUGAACCAAGCCUCCGAAGCUCCACCUCAGAGCCACACGACCUUGAGAUGGACGACCUGCGACAACUCCUAUGGUGGCCAAGCCUGCCUGCCACGUCCUCGUUCGACUUUGAGUCGUCCACCAGCCCCGCGGCCACGAGCUACCGGCUGCUGGGUGGGACACGCAACUUCACGGUGGGUGACACGCUGUACCUUGGCGUGCAGGCCAGGGACCACCAUGGCAGGGACAAGCGGCACGGCGGAGACUACUUUCGCAUCAAAGUCUACUCAGACACGCUCCGGGCGGGAGCAUUCGGCUCGGUGCUAGACCACAACAACGGCUCGUACACGGCGAGCGUCGUUCUGCCGUGGCCUGGCGAGGCCCUCGUGGAUAUCAAGCUGGUUCACUCGAGCGAGGCCGUGCAAAUCAUCAGCCGCCUGCGCGACUCGGUGCCCAACAAGAUUUUCUUUACCGGCUACUUCGAGAAGGAAGGAGCGAGAAGCGAGGCCACCGAGUGCAACGCGGUGCCACGCUUAAUGAUAAAGCCCAGGAUAUGCAAGUACAGGGACGUGGCUACGGGACACAUGUGGUUCUGCAAGAAGCCCAGGACAUUGCCCUGCGACUCUCUGCGAUUUCACUCACUCGGAGGACACAGAAACAUUCUCACAAAGCAGGAGAAUCGGUUCUUCAGCAACAACGUAUCCAAGGUGAGAAUCAGCGGAGAUCCAAGCCAGAUUGAGGUGCAGCCGUCCUCAUCAUCGCAAAACCUCACAAAUGCCCUUGGACCAUGUGUGCCGGGCCACCCCGUGCCCUCCCCGAGUGGCUUCUACCUCAACGAUGAGUGGGUGUCGCUGUCCUGCAAGACUCGGCCCUUCCCAGCCCUUCAAGACCUGGCCAAUUGCCUGAGCGGCAAGAGGUUCUACAUGUACGGGGACUCCACCAUUCGCCAGUGGUUUCUGCACCUCACCGCUCACGUGCCAGGCAUGCAGUUCAUCGACAUCAACGCGCCCACGCUGCUGGGCCCACUCAUGUCGGCGAGCGUGGCCACCAAAACGUUCCUGCUCUACCGCACGCAGGGCCUCCCCUUCCUCACACAGCACGGGCCCGUGGCCGCGAUUCACUACGUGGCCAACGAGAUCGACGGCCUAACUGGUGGAAAGGACACGGUGGUGGGGAUCAGCUUAUGGGCUCACUUCACGGGGUUCCCCGUGUCUUUCUACGUCGCUCGCAUGCGCGGCAUUCGUGCCGCGGUCAUCCGCUUGCUGAAGCGAGCCCCCGGCACGCUGGUCAUCUUCAAGUCGGCCAACACCAGCUACCACUCGCCCGACCAGUCCGAUUGGCUCACCCGUCAGCUCGACCAGAUCAUGCGCCGUCUCAUGGCGGGGUUGCCCGUGGUUAUCUUGGAUGCCUGGGAAAUGACGGCGGCCCACCGUCUCCCGGACAACUUGCAUCCCGAGCCCAUCAUCAUCCAUAAUGAGAUCAAGCUAAUCCUGGCCUAUGUGUGUCCCCAAUAAGGUUUCCGCUUCCUGAUGUAGAAGAAAAUCGGCACACAUCAUGGGAAGAUCGUCUCGCAAUACCAGAAUUGGGGAAAACUAAGUCUCAAGAAAUUUGUCUUGAGUGGUAUAUUAAGUAAAGCCUCUUGUAUUUCUCAUUACAUAUCCUCAAAUAUUGUGAACCUCGCAUUGGAAUUUUAUGUAUUAUUGCUGAAUAUCUUUCCAUGCAGUCCCCAUUAGGGUUGGCAAUUUUCAAGCUCUUAUAUGCACACAGCAGAGGGCACAUUUAAGAAUUGUCGCUCGACAGUCAAACUGAUAAAUGAUCCUCAUGGCGGUACCCCGAGGUACCAAAUAAUACAAAAUGGCCGGGGAAAUUAAAUAUUUUAUUUCAGGGACACUAUUUUUUCCAGGAGUGUACUUAACUCCGCAACUGGGGUACCAAUCAAUCCGAAAUUGGUGCUACUCCGCGAUGUCGAAACGAAGCGAGGACGGUUGCGCUGAAACCCUGAACGCUCGUAUGCACCAUAGUGCAUCGUGUACAGCUCGUCUAGAUGAGUCAAUUUCCGCAUCGCCGACCAACAAACUAAAAAUUACUGCAUCACGGACAAUAUGCGAGAGCUGGGGUACUAUGGUACCCUGGGGUACCGCCACAAGGUUCAUAUGAGAGGUGGUAUUUAUCCAAAGUACAGAAGAAAAGUAAUAUAAUGGGGCUUUUUGUGCAGUCUUUUUUUAAUGGACUGAAAUAGCUUACUGCAUCAGAUCAUGUAUGUGCAAGUACAUGCGGGUGAUCCACAAAACCAGUCGAUUACAGAUCUGGCCCAAAAAUGUUUUUAAUACUUGCGGUUGGGUGUAGAUUAGGGCAAGUUCAUCGCCAUUCAUCCGCAUGAGAGUCAGCUGAAACCAAAAACACUGGCUGACAGCAUUUGCCUACAGAUGUAUUUUAUAAUAACAACUUUUAACAAGUACAUUUUAAGUUUAUCUUUCAUUUUAAAAAAUCUGUAUAGACUCAUUAUAUAGCCUGUAACAGACUGUUGGGGCAAGUGCUUUUAGCGAGCACCUAUGAAAGCCGGCACAGCACACG